CUUCGCCGGCGAGGAGGAGCGGCGCGAGCGGCGACUGCUGGGCGCUUCCCCGCGCUGCUGGGUGCUCGGCGCCUCCGCGGCCCCCGGCUCCCGGCCGCAGCUUCCUCGCGCGCGCGGGGCGCGGGGUGCGGCGCCCGGGGCUCGCUUAGCCGAAGGGGUCGCUGAACUAACUCCAGGCUGGUGUGCGGGCCUGGCCGAGCAGGGGGCACCCAGGAGCUGGAGUCACCAUGGCGGCCGGCGUCGCAGCCUGGCUGCCUUUUGCGCGGGCUGCGGCCAUCGGGUGGAUGCCGGUGGCCAACUGCCCCAUGCCCCUGGCGCCGGCCGACAAGAACAAGCGGCAGGAUGAACUGAUCGUCCUCAACGUGAGCGGGCGGAGGUUCCAGACGUGGCGGACCACGCUGGAGCGCUACCCCGACACGCUGCUGGGCAGCACGGAGAAGGAAUUCUUCUUCAACGAGGACACCAAGGAGUACUUCUUCGACCGGGACCCAGAAGUGUUCCGCUGCGUCCUCAACUUCUACCGCACAGGCAAGCUGCACUACCCGCGCUACGAGUGCAUCUCCGCCUACGACGACGAGCUGGCUUUCUACGGCAUCCUGCCCGAGAUCAUCGGCGACUGCUGCUAUGAGGAGUACAAGGACCGCAAGCGGGAGAACGCCGAGAGGCUCAUGGACGACAACGACUCGGAGAACAACCAGGAGUCCAUGCCCUCGCUCAGCUUCCGCCAGACCAUGUGGCGGGCCUUCGAGAACCCGCACACCAGCACGCUGGCCUUGGUCUUCUACUACGUGACUGGCUUCUUCAUCGCCGUCUCGGUCAUCACCAACGUGGUGGAGACGGUGCCCUGCGGCACGGUGCCCGGGAGCAAGGAGCUGCCGUGCGGCGAGCGCUACUCGGUGGCCUUCUUUUGCCUGGACACCGCCUGCGUCAUGAUCUUCACGGUGGAGUAUCUCCUCCGGCUUUUCGCGGCGCCCAGCCGCUACCGUUUCAUCCGCAGCGUGAUGAGCAUCAUCGACGUGGUGGCCAUCAUGCCCUAUUACAUCGGCCUGGUCAUGACCAACAACGAGGACGUGUCCGGCGCCUUCGUCACGCUCCGGGUCUUCCGCGUCUUCAGGAUCUUCAAGUUCUCCCGCCACUCCCAGGGCUUGCGGAUCCUGGGCUACACCCUGAAGAGCUGUGCCUCGGAGCUCGGCUUUCUCCUCUUCUCCCUCACCAUGGCCAUCAUCAUCUUUGCCACUGUGAUGUUUUAUGCAGAGAAGGGCUCCUCUGCCAGCAAGUUCACGAGCAUCCCGGCCUCUUUUUGGUACACCAUCGUCACCAUGACCACCCUGGGAUAUGGAGACAUGGUGCCCAAGACGAUUGCGGGGAAGAUCUUCGGCUCCAUCUGCUCCCUGAGCGGUGUCCUCGUCAUUGCCCUCCCGGUCCCUGUGAUCGUUUCCAACUUCAGCCGGAUUUACCACCAGAAUCAGAGAGCUGAUAAGCGCAGGGCACAGAAGAAGGCCCGCCUCGCCAGGAUCCGUGUGGCCAAAACAGGCAGCUCCAACGCCUACCUGCACAGCAAGCGGAACGGACUCCUCAACGAGGCCCUGGAGCUGAUGGGCACCCCGGAAGAGGAGCACGUGGGCAAGGCCACCUCGCUCAUCGAGAGCCAGCACCACCACCUGCUGCACUGCCUGGAAAAAACCACUGUGAGUCCCAGCCCAGUGCCACCUCCUGUCUCCUCCCUGACCCCUGACCCUUGUCUGAGGUCAGAACUGACAGAGUGGGAACUCGGUACCCCAUCCUCAGCCUGGGCCCAAGCUUCAGAAGUCAAAGUCCACCCCCCUCAGAUCCAAAGAGCAGCGAUGAGGUCCCUCUCAGCCCUCAGGAGGAAGAGCGCAAGGAGGGGGACAAAGUCACCCUGGUGGGGAGGCCAGCCUGUCCUGCGGUGGCACAGAGGAGGCUGCUCCCCCAGGCUUUCCGCUCUGGCUUCAGUCCCCAGAGCCCAUUUCCUAGUUCCUGAGGCCUGACCUCUGCCUAUCAGUUUCUCGGUUCUGAUGGGCGUUGCUCUGCAAAACUAGGGCUGCACUUACACAGAUUGCUAUGGACGCAGAGAAGGCUGUCCAUUUUUGUCCUACCUCCCGGUUAGGGGGAUGCAAUCUGUGGGUCCCUUUGCUCCCUCCAUUCCUCUUGGAACAGGAGGCAGUGAACAAAGAGGGCAGCACAUGUAUUUCUCUAGCCAGGGAUUUUUGUCAGCGCCAGCCCAUCUUAGCCACCCUGCAGGUCCUGGGAAUUUGAUUCCGAAAGGCUUAUUGUCAAAAUAGAGUCAUGGGGAGUUCCUGCUGCGGCUCAGUGGGUUAAGAAUCGACUGCAGUUGGAGUUCCCGCUGUGGCUUAGUGGAAACGAACCCGACUAGUAGCCAUGAGGAUGCGGGUUCGAUCCCUGGCCUCGCUCUGGCAUUGCCAUGAGCUGUGGUAUAGGCCACAGAUGCACCUCGGAUCUGGCAUUGCUGUGGCUGUGGCAUAGGCCGGCAGCAAUUCAAGUUGCUGCGGAGGCACAGGUCCGAUCCCCAGCCCAGAACAGUGGGUUAAAGGAUCCGGUGUGGGUUGCAGCUGCAGCUCAGAUUCAUCCCUGGCCCAGGAACUUCCAUAAGCUGUGGGUGGGGCC